CCUCAGCAGACACCAGGGCAGCUGGCCUUAGAGGAUCCAGAGAAGAGGGCGGCAGGGUAAACAUGCUCUGCGCAAGGCCAGAGGCAGUGGUGCUCCUGGGAGCUCUGCUGACUGCAUCCCUGGAUCCAGCGGGCGGCCAGGACUCACUCCCACUGUCCUGGGAAGUGCAGCGCUAUGACGGCUGGUUCAACAACCUGAGGCAUCACGAGCGUGGCGCAGCGGGCUUCCGACUGCAGCGCCUCGUGCCAGCCAGUUACGCGGAUGGCGUUUACCAGGCUCUGGGGGAGCCGCUGCUGCCCAACCCGCGCCUACUCAGCGACGCCGCCAUGCGGGGCACAGCCGGGCAGCCAUCCCGCCGCAACCGCACAGUGCUGGGGGUCUUCUUUGGCUACCACGUGCUUUCGGACCUGGUGAGCGUGGAGACCCCCGGCUGCCCAGCCGAGUUCCUCAACAUCCACAUCCCACCCGGGGACCCGGUGUUCGAUCCCGACCGGCGCGGGGACGUGGUCCUCCCCUUCCAGAGGAGCCGCUGGGACCCCGAGACCGGACAGAGCCCCAGUAAUCCCCGGGACCUGACCAACGAGGUGACGGGCUGGCUGGACGGCAGCGCCAUCUAUGGCUCCUCGCACUCGUGGAGCGACGCGCUGCGGAGCUUCUCCGGGGGAGAGCUGGCGUCGGGGCCCGACCCCGCCUUCCCCCGGAACGCGCAAAGCCCCCUGCUCAUGUGGACGGCGCCCGACCCCGCCACCGGACAGCGCGGGCCCCGGGGGCUGUACGCCUUCGGGGCGGAGCGAGGGAACCGCGACCCGUUCCUGCAGGCGCUGGGCCUGCUGUGGUUCCGCUACCACAACCUGUGCGCGCAGCGGCUGGCCCGCGAGCACCCGCAAUGGGGGGACGAGGAGCUGUUCCAGCACGCGCGCAAGAGGGUCAUCGCCACCUACCAGAACAUCGUUUUGUAUGAGUGGCUGCCCAGCUUCCUGCAGAAAACACCCCCGAAGUAUGCAGGAUACAACCCUUUCCUGGACCCCAGCAUCUCCCCAGAGUUCCUGGUGGCCUCUGAGCAGUUCUUCUCCACCAUGGUGCCUCCUGGGGUCUACAUGAGGAAUGCCAGCUGUCAUUUCCAGAUGGUCCUGAACGAGGGUUUUGGCAGCUCCCCAGCUCUCAGGGUCUGCAACAGCUACUGGCGUCGGGAGAACGCCACCGUGAACAGUGCCCAGGCAGUGGACCAGCUGCUACUGGGGAUGGCCUCCCAGAUCGCAGAGCUGGAGGACAGGACAGUGGUGGAAGAUUUGAGAGACUACUGGCCCGGCCCUGGCAAGUUCUCCCGCACAGACUACGUGGCCAGCAGUAUCCAACGUGGCCGAGAUAUGGGGCUGCCCAGCUAUACCCAAGCCCUGAUGGCUUUGGGGUUGGACACCCCACGGAACUGGAGUCACAUCAACCCCCAUGUGGAGCCCCAGGUGCUGGAGGCCACAGCUGCCCUGUACAACCAGGACCUGUCCCGGCUGGAGCUGCUCCCCGGGGGGCUCCUGGAGAGCCAUGGGGACCCCGGGCCCCUCUUCAGCACCAUCGUCCUUAACCAGUUUGUGAGGCUGCGGGAUGGCGACCGCUACUGGUUUGAGAACACCAGGAAUGGGCUGUUCUCCAAAAAGGAAAUCGCAGAAAUCAGAAACACUACUCUUUGGGAUGUGCUGGUGGCUGUUAUCAACGUGGAUCCCAGUGCCCUGCAGCCCAAUGUCUUUAUCUGGCAUGCAGAUGCCCCGUGCCCUCAGCCUCGGCAGCUCACAACCCAAGGCUUGCCCCACUGUGUGCCCCUGACCAUGUUGGACUACUUUGAGGGCAGCGGUCCUGGGUUUGGCAUUACCAUUGUGGCUCUCUGCUGUCUUCCGCUCGUGAGUCUGCUUAUCUCUGGGGUGGUGGCCUAUUUCCGGAGCCGAGAGUGCAAGAGGCUACAGAAGAAAGGCAAAGAGAGUGUGAAGAAAGAAGCAGUCAAAGAUGGUGUGCCAGCGAUGGAGUGGCCGGGCCCCAGGGAGAAGAGCUACCCCAUCACCAUCCAGCUGCUCCCAGACAGGCGUCUGCAGGUCCUGGACAGGCGGCUCUCUGUGCUUCGCACCAUCCAGCUGCAGCCCCCGCAGCAGGUCAACCUCAUCCUGUCCAGCAACCGCAGACGCUGGACCCUGCUGCUCAAGAUCCCCAAGGAGUAUGACCUGGUACUACUGUUUAACUCUGAGGAGGAGCGGGGCACCUUCGUGCAGCAUCUGCAGGACUUCUGUGUGCAGUGGGCUCUGGGCCUUGAUGUGGCUGAGAUGAGCGAGAACGAGCUGUUCAGGAGGGCUGUGACCAAGCAGCAGCGGGGCCGCAUCCUGGAGAUCUUCUUCAGACACCUGUUUGCCCAGGUGCUGAACAUCGACCAGGCGGACGCAGGGACCCUGCCCCUGGACUCAUCACAGAAGGUACGGGAGGCCCUGACUUGUGAGCUGAGCAGAGCUGAGUUUGCCGAGUCCCUGGGCCUCAAGCCCCAGGACAUGUUUGUGGAGUCCAUGUUCUCCCUGGCUGACAAAGAUGGCAAUGGCUACCUGUCCUUCCGGGAGUUUCUGGACAUCCUGGUGGUCUUCAUGAAAGGCUCCCCAGAGGACAAGUCCCGCCUGAUGUUCACCAUGUAUGACCUUGAUGCAAAUGGCUUCCUCUCCAAGGAUGAGUUCUUCACCAUGAUGCGGUCCUUCAUCGAGAUCUCCAACAACUGCCUGUCCAAGGCCCAGCUAACAGAGGUGGUGGAGUCCAUGUUCCGGGAGUCUGGCUUCCAGGAUAAGGAGGAGCUGACGUGGGAGGACUUCCACUUCAUGCUGCGGGACCAUGACAGCGAGCUCCGAUUCACGCAGCUCUGCGUCAAAGGUGGAGGUGUUGAAGACAUCUUUAAACCAAACAUCAGCUGUCGAGUCUCAUUCAUCACUCGGACUCGGGGGGAACGCUCCUGCUCCCAGAAACUGGAGCUCCCUGCCUCAGAAGCCCCAGAGCUGGGAGGCCCUGGGCUGAAGAAGAGAUUUGGCAAAAAGGCGGUGGGACCCGCUCCCCAGCUGUACACAGAGGCGCUGAAGGAGAAGAUGCAACGGGGCCUCCUGGCCCAAAAGCUUCGGCAGUACAAGCGCUUCGUGGAGAACUACCGGCGGCACAUCGUGUGCGUUGCCAUCUUCUCGGCCAUCUGUGCGGGCCUGUUUGCAGAGCGGGCCUACUAUUAUGCCUUUGCCUCGCCACCCUCGGGCAUCGCAGAGACCACCUUUGUGGGCAUCAUCCUGUCCCGGGGCACGGCCGCCAGCAUCUCUUUCAUGUUCUCCUACAUCCUGCUCACCAUGUGCCGCAACCUCAUCACCUUCCUGCGAGAGACCUUCCUCAACCGCUAUGUGCCCUUCGACGCCGCCGUGGACUUCCAUCGCUGGAUCGCCAUGGCUGCUGUUGUCCUGGCCAUUUUGCACAGUGCUGGCCACGCUGUCAAUGUCUUCAUCUUCUCAGUCAGUCCCCUCAGCCUGCUGGCCUGCAUCUUCCCCAACGUCUUUGUGAAUGAUGGGUCCCAGCUUCCACAAAAGUUCUACUGGUGGUUCUUCCAGACGGUCCCAGGUAUGACAGGGGUGCUCCUGCUCCUGGUCCUGGCCAUCAUGUAUGUCUUCGCCUCCCACCACUUCCGGCGCCGCAGCUUCCGGGGCUUCUGGCUGACCCACCACCUCUACAUCCUGCUCUACGUGCUGCUCAUCAUCCACGGCAGCUUCGGCCUGAUCCAGCUGCCCCGUUUCCACAUCUUCUUCCUGGUCCCAGCACUAAUCUAUGUGGGGGACAAGCUGGUGAGCCUGAGCCGGAAGAAGGUGGAGAUCAGCGUGGUGAACGCGGAGCUGCUGCCUUCAGGAGUGACCCACCUGCAGUUCCAGCGGCCCCAUGGCUUUGAGUACAAGUCGGGACAGUGGGUGCGGAUCGCCUGCCUGGCUCUGGGGACCAACGAGUACCACCCGUUCACACUGACUUCUGCACCCCAUGAGGAUACACUCAGCCUGCACAUCCGGGCAGCAGGCCCCUGGACCACUCGGCUCAGGGAGAUCUACUCACCUCCAACGGGAGAUGGCUGUGCCAGAUACCCGAAGCUCUACCUUGAUGGACCAUUUGGAGAGGGCCACCAGGAGUGGCAUAAGUUUGAGGUGUCAGUGCUGGUGGGAGGGGGCAUUGGGGUCACCCCCUUUGCCUCCAUCCUCAAAGACCUGGUCUUCAAGUCAUCCUUGGGCAGCCAAAUGCUCUGUAAAAAGAUCUACUUCAUCUGGGUGACGCGCACCCAGCGGCAGUUUGAGUGGCUGGCUGACAUCAUCCGGGAGGUGGAGGAGAAUGACCGCCAGGACCUGGUGUCCGUGCACAUCUACAUCACCCAGCUGGCUGAGAAGUUUGACCUCAGGACCACCAUGCUGUACAUCUGUGAGCGGCACUUCCAGAAGGUGCUGAACCGGAGUCUGUUCACGGGCCUGCGCUCCAUCACCCACUUUGGCCGCCCCCCCUUCGAGCCCUUCUUCAAGUCCCUGCAGGAGGUCCACCCGCAGGUACCGAAGAUUGGGGUGUUCAGCUGUGGCCCUCCAGGAAUGACCAAGAAUGUAGAGAAGGCUUGUCAGCUCAUCAAUAGGCAGGACCAGGCCCACUUCGUGCACCACUACGAGAACUUCUGAGAACCUCUGAGAACUUCCUGGUUCCUGUUUCCCCUCUGUGGGCAGCCCUGCCAACAGUUUCUCUGUCAGAAUCCACCUCAGGCCUCAGCUAGAAAGCUGGAAGAGCCCCUCCCUCAUGGCCCCAUCUGUCCUAUGCUCUGAGAAGGUAGAGAAGGCCCCUCUGGUUCAAGUCACAGCAGGUUAUGGCAAACAAGAGCAGGGUGGGGACAGCCCCUGCCUUGUGACAUCCGUAGAGGUGAAGAGAUACAACAGCAGUUGCCUCUGAUAGGUCCCCAUGUCUCUGUUUUCCUUGCACAAAAAUCAACGUGUUGCUUUGGUAUUUUCUUGGCUAAGGCACUUGAGGGAUGAUGGGGUGGGGAUAUCUGAUGUGAAGAGAGAGCUAAGUGGGACUCACCUCAGAGCCUACCUCAGAAGCCAUGAUGCUUCGAACCUGGACAGUCACGCCCUAUUCAGUCUCUGAGGCCUUGUCCCUCCAGCUCUGCUCCCGACCCCUUCUUGCUCCUAAAGGGAGCUCAGAGAACAAGCAUGGUUCCCUAGUACUGAUGUUCCGGUGGUCAACCAGCAAUGCCUACUGCUGUGACAGUAGGCAUUGCUGGUUGGUCCCUUUUUGUGGUCCCUUUCUGAGCCUGUGGAGCAGCCCCUGGGGUCUGAGACCAAGGGAAUCCAGCCUGUCUGCCAGACAUCCAAAACUCCCUCUCAGUUCCCUAUUCCCACAGGAGUGGGGUGACGAGCUGUCCUGGUUUGCCCAGGACUCUCUCCAUACAACCACUGAAAGUCUCCUGUCCUCGGAAACGCCUCAAUCCCAGGCAACUCAGACAAAGUUGGUCACCCCACAGAGGAGGCAGCCUGGGAUGUCCCCUCCAUACUCGGCUCUUUGAGACACUUCCUUUUCCUUCUGUAACUGACCCUUUCCUAAAAAGUUGAACUUUAGUUUUUUAAAUAUAAAUUUAAGUAUAAUUUGUAUACAGCAAAGUGUACAAAUCUUAAAGUUACGUGUACAUGUGUUAACACUACCCAAGUCAAGAUAUAGAACAUUUCCAUCACCCUCAGAAACUUCCUUGUACCCCUUCCAGUCAGUCUCCCUCAAUCAGUAGAAGCAACCACUGAGGUGAUUUCUGUCACUCCAGAUUAGUUUUGGUCAUACUGAAUGCAUCCUUUGGAAACUGGCUUUUUUCACUCAGCACAAUGUCUUUGUGAUUCAUCCAUAUUGUUGUAUGUAUCAGUAGUAUAUUCAUUUUCAUUGCUGAGUUGUAUUCCAUUAUAGAGAUGUGCCAGAAUGUUUAUCCAUUCUUCUAUUGAUGGACAUUUGGGUUGUUUCUAGUUUUUGAUAAUUCUCAAUAAAACAUCAAUGAACA